AUGGAGAAGGACCGGGGAAGGUUGAGGGGUCAAACCGGACCUAGGCGGGGCCCGAACGGUGGCCGGAGGUGGCCGAACGGCUCCGGCACGGGCUGGUGCAGCAGUUGCGGCGCAAGGGCAGGCAAGAGGGAGGCGGAGACGUGCGGAGCGGCAGCGAGCAGCGACGGCCUUGCGCACGAGGCUUGGACGGCGAGCGGCGGCUCCGGCGAGACUCUCGGCGACCCUAGCAACGGCGGCAGCGGCUUGACGAAGGGGCAGGAGCUCGGGACCGCGCGGACGAAGGCUGGAGGCGGCGAAGAUGGUGCGACGACGAGCGGCCACGGUGGAAUCUGA